UGUGCAUGAAGAUCGACUCCGAUGACUGCCAUGUGAGGGACCUCUCCACCGCCGAGGAGACAGGACAUGCCGCCGAGAGGGCGGGGGCCGCCGCACCAGCCUCUGUCGUUCGAGCCGCCGGCGCCGCCGCUGUUGCCGCAGGCCUGGAGCCGCCGCACACCGCCGCCGCCGUCGCCGUCGUCACUGUCGCUGCUGCCGCCAUUGCCGUCUCAAGGGGCCGUGAGACCUACCCUCUUCCGGAGUCGUUGCGGCUCCUGCUGGGAAUGGGGGUGCUGGGCUAGGGGGUGUGGGUGUGGGUGUG